AUGAGGGGAAGAAACUCCUCUGUGUUUAUCUUUGUGAUUGUGACCUUGCUCUGUGGCCCUGGUUGCCUGUGUGGACACAAGCCUGAGGAAAGCGUGGACAGAGAGGAGGUAGAAAAGCUCAGGCCACCUCACCUUAUCUUCAUUAUGGUGGACGACCAGGGCUAUGGAGACAUUGGCUACCACAGCUCAGACAUCCACACUCCAGUGUUGGACCAGCUGGCAGCAGAGGGGGUUAAACUGGAAAAUUAUUAUGUCCAGCCUAUCUGCUCACCCUCUCGCAGUCAACUCAUGACAGGGCGCUACCAAAUUCACACUGGACUCCAACAUUCAAUCAUCCGACCACGUCAACCGCUCUGCCUGCCCCCAGAUAUUCCCACCCUACCAGAGCGUCUUGCUGAAGCUGGAUAUGCCACACAUAUGGUGGGUAAAUGGCACCUGGGCUUCUGCAGGCCGAGCUGUUUGCCCACAGGACGUGGCUUUCAGAGUUUCCUGGGCACACUGACUGGCAGUGGAGACCAUUUUUCCUAUCAGAGCUGUGAUGGGGCAGAAGCUUGUGGAUUUGACCUCCAUGAUGGAGACAGACCUGCCUGGGAGAUGGCUGGGAACUACUCCACUCUCCUUUACAUAGACAGAGUCAAGCAGAUCUUGAAGAACCACGACCCACAUACACCAGUCUUCCUCUAUCUCUCCCUUCAGGCGCCCCAUACACCUUUGCAGGUACCAGACCAUUUUCUGCACCAUUAUGAUUCCCAGACCAAUCGUCUCAGGCGCCACUAUGCAGCCAUGCUGAGCUGCCUGGACAGUGGGGUUGCACAAGUGGUCCAGGAACUAAAGACUCAAGGGCUCUAUGAAAACUCUGUACUCAUCUACUCCUCUGAUAAUGGUGGGCAGCCACUCUCAGGGGGGAGCAACUGGCCACUGAGAGGUGGCAAAGGGACCUACUGGGAAGGAGGCGUCCGUGCUGUGGGUUUUGUCCAUAGUCCACUUUUAAAGAGGAAAGGUGUAUUAAGCAGGGCACUGAUUCAUGUCUCUGACUGGUAUCCUACUUUAUUGGGGCUUGCUGGAGCCUUGCAGUCCCAACGUGUCCUUGAUGGUCACGAUGUUUGGAGGUGCAUUAGUGAGGGCCUUCCCUGUCCUCGUACGGAAAUCCUUUUCAACAUUGACCCAGUUUCUAGGAAAGCUGGGGAGCCAUAUGACAAGGCAUUGGUACACAAUGGCUUUGGGAUCUGGGACACAGCCGUGAGGGCAGCAUUAAGGGCUGGUGACUGGAAGGUGUUGACAGGAAAUGUGGGUGACGGGGACUGGAUACCACCACAGGCUCUUCCCUGUGGUCCAGAACGGUGGAAGAAACUCGAGAAGAGACACAAUGAACUGGGGAAGUCAGUGUGGCUUUUUAAUGUCAGUGCAGACCCUUACGAGAGGUAUGAUCUGGCAGAAGCUCGUCCAGAAGUAGUAAAACAUCUGCUGACCAGGCUGGCAGAGUACAACCAGACAGCUGUGAUGGCCAUGAAUCCACCAGAUGAUCCAAUGGCUGACCCGGAGCUCCACGGAGGGGUGUGGAGCCCCUGGCUGGGCCUUGAGGGGGAUAACAGAAAAGAAAAUGGCAGGAAAGAGAAGAUGAGGAAGAUUAAGCAAUGCAAAUUAUGCAAGCUAAAAGCCCUCUUCAAGAAGAUGGGAUCACGUCUGCAGAGGAAGACCUUAUUCUAA